AGGGCACGCCAGCACUAGUUCACUUCAUGUACCUCUGCAAAAACUUGCGGUGGAAAUCACUUCUGAUCGUGUCGUUGAUGAACCGUUUCGGUGUCUUUGUCUCUCCUCGUGCCUGGUUCUUGAAUACCACAUCAUCGUCCCACCUUCUCUUAACACUGAAGGAGCCAGGGUGGUUGAUACUGAUCAAAGGGUUUCCCCGCAUCAGUUCAGCCUCCUUCAUCUUGGCCUCCUCUUCUGCUUAUGGGAAAACCUUUCUAAGCUUCUCCUCAGCUCUUUCUUUCUUAAUCCUCUCAAGCUCUGCCAUUAGAGCUUCAGUGUCAUCAUCAUCGUCAUCAUCGUCAUCGCUGAACACUGUUUGCCACUCAAUGUGUAAAGAGCAACCAAACAUAGUGAAACAGAAGUGUAAUAAACAAUGA